UUAUCCUCCUCUCUCUCUCUCUCUCCCUCUCUCUCCCUUUUUCUCUCUCCGUCUCUCUCGCGUUCGUUCGAGGUUCGCGCGCGUGACGAUAGAAACGCGCAACCGGCGUGUGCGCGUUUAUCGCAUAUGUGAGUGCGUCGUGUGAGUGCCCGCAAGUGCAACGAAAGAACGCAUCUCCCUCGCCCCCUGCGGUGAGAAAGAGAGAGAGAGAGAGAGUCCACGGGCAAGCAGCGGAAAUCAAGGUCCACACGGUCGCCGGCACGGGAUCAUGGACGAGGAAGAGAUCGACGGCAUCAAGUCACCCAUCAAACGGCUCGGUUCCACGCGGAAGCUGCUCGUCUUUAACAACAUACGGCUACAGCUGAACGAGCAGCUGAGAUGCCUCGACGUGAGGAUGGAGGCGCAAGUCGCCCUCGUGGCCGAGCUCCAGGACUUCUUCCGCAAAAGGGCGGAACUGGAGCUAGACUACAGCAAGUCUCUCGACAAGAUGGCCAGAAGCAUACAGCUGAGGCAUAAGGAGCAGAAACAAAAGCGGGAACAAUGGCCCCUGUUCUCCAGCUACGCCUGCUGGCAGCAGCUCGUCAACGAGACCAAGUCUCUCAGCCGGGACCACGCCGCCCUGUCCGAGGUCUACAGCACCCAUCUCGUGGGUCGCCUCAAUCAGGUGAUGGAGGACGUGCAGCGAAUUUACAAGCGUUGUCGCGAGAUUGGUUACGAAACGCACGAGGAGAUACUACGGGUGCUGCACGAGCUGCACACUACGAUGAAGACCUUCCAGGCUUACCAGGCGGAGUCGAGACAGGCGGAGACGAAGCUUCGCGUCGCCGAGCAGCAACGCAGCAAGCUCGAGGUCGCGAACGCGCCGCCGGAGAAGCUCGCGCGCAGCAAGAAGUACAAGCUCAUCGAGAAGGAAGUUAACAAGAGGAAGAGCAAGUACCAGGAGGCGAAGCUGAAGGCGCUCAAGGCGAGAAACGAGUACAUCCUGUGCCUGGAGGCGUCGAACACGACGAUACACAAAUACUUCGUCGACGACCUGUCCGAUCUCAUCGACUGCAUGGACUUUGGAUUUCACAACUGCAUAGCAAGAGCAUUGCUGAUGCACUGCAGCGCGGAGGAGGGCAGGCAGCGUUCCCUGCAAUCUGGCGCCGAGCAAUUAGCCGCUUGCGUCGGUGCGCUCGACUCCAGGGCGGAUAAGCAGAGAUUCCUGGAGUCUCAUCACACCGCCUUCAUGAUUCCCAAGAAGUUUGAGUUCCAAGGACAACGCGGAGAUGAGACACCCGAGCCCGAGCUGCAAAAGAUGCUGCACUCAGAGAUGGAGCAACGGCUAGCGCAGCUGCAGCAGAGGGUGACGUCGUUGCGUACCGAGUCCGAGGAGGUGUGGAAGACGCUGGAGACCGCGGAGGCGAGUCUGCUCGAGAUGCUGACCGCCAAGGAUUACGAUUGCUCGCGAUAUUUCGGUGAGAAUGCCGUGCCUACGUCUAGGCCGCCGGAGACCGUGCAGAUCAAGCUGCGGGCCGACAGACAGGAGACCGAAGAGUUCUACCUCAUAAAAUUCAGGGAAUAUCUUCUCGGCACAUCGAGGAUAGCCAGGCUAGACGCGAAACAGGAAUACAUCCGGCAGAGCCUACUGGACGGCUCGAACGCCAGCCCGAACCCGUCCAUCUCAGCCACGAAACAAAAACAGGCUCGCCGGAAGCGAAUCGGCCGGUUGCAGAUGAACGGUCAGCCGAAGCUGUUCGGCGGCUCGCUCGAGGAGUACUUGGAGAGCACUAACCAGGAGAUACCGCUCAUCAUGAAGAGCUGCAUUCGCGUGAUCAAUCUGUACGGUCUGCACCACCAAGGCAUAUUCCGCGUGUCCGGCUCCCAAGUGGAGAUCAAUAACUUCCGCGAGUGGUUCGAGAGAGGCGAAGACCCUCUGGCGGACGUGACUGACGCCUCGGACAUCAACAGCGUCGCCGGGGUGUUGAAGCUGUAUCUAAGGGAGCUGCGCGAACCGCUCUUCCCCAUCAUCUACUUCGAGCAUCUCAUGGAACUGGCGCAGUUGGAGUCGAAACAAGACUUCGUCAAUAAGAUGAAGGAGAUGAUAGCGAGCUUGCCGAGGCCGGUUGUCAUCGUCAUGCGUUAUCUCUUCGCUUUCCUCAAUCAUCUGUCGGAAUUCUCGGACGAGAACAUGAUGGACCCGUACAACUUGGCUAUCUGCUUCGGCCCAACCUUGGUGCCCGUUCCCGAGGACAAAGAUCAGGUGCAGUACCAGAAUCAGGUGAACGAGCUGAUCAAGAAUAUCAUCACGUUCUGCGAAGAGAUCUUCCCGGAGGACAUUGGCGGCACGCAGUACGAAAAGUAUAUCAGCAGAGAACCGGACGAUGUGGACGUGGGAGAUUCGCCGACGGAUCAAGUUCAGGAAGACAUGGAUUCGGAAGUCUACCCGUCCGAAGACGAAUCGGAGAAUCUCGAGGCCACCGCGCAAUUCGACUUCAACGCGAGAUCCGAGAGAGAGCUGAGCUUCAAGAAGGGCGACACUCUGACGUUAUUCACACAGGUCAGCAACGACUGGUGGCGAGGCGCUUUAGCUGGCAGAGAAGGGCUGAUUCCUGACAAAUAUAUUAUGCUCAAGAUCAAGGAUGAGGAGCGUGAGAAAGAACUCUUGAAAUCGUCCAGCGAGGAGUCCAUGCGUAGAAGAGCGUCCAGCUCGGCGGACAGCGUUCUAUCGAGCAACAAUUCGCCGUUGAUGGGCCCGUCAGCUAACCCCAGCACCUGGUCGUCCGGCGCCGCGUCCGAUAUGUCGUCCGCCACGACGAACAUAAUAACGGACAAUAGUAACGCCAGCGGUAUUAUCGCGUCCGUGGUGACGAAUGUGCCCUGCAUCUCAUCGGCGCAGCCGAUCAUCAGUCGAGAGGACUCCGCGACGCCGUCCAGGCUGGCCAGGGUGUCCACUCCGGAGAACGAGAGGCACUCGUCGUCGGAGCACCAUCGCGCCGACGGCGUUCUCCAGAUCGCGCUGGAGAACAACGUCGACUGCUGCGACGGUGGCAGCAACAACAGCAAGAUCUCCGUUUACGGGACAGACACGAACGCUCAGCAGCAAUCACAACGCGGAAGCGGCAGCGAGGAGACCGUCGUCAACGAGGAGCAGGGCGAAUGCGUGUCGACGAUGUCGUCGUUGGACGGCGCUGCGAAACGCGCGAGCACCGGUCGCAAGCAGCAGCAUUGGAAGUCGCAGAGCGUCGGCGAGAACGUCGUAGCGCAGCAGCAUCAGCAGCUAACCCACGCGAACUCGUUGUCAUCAUCGACGACGACAACGACGACAACGUUGGACGACGACCUACAGCAGCAGCAGCAACAACAGGAGACGACGACGACGGCUAUGAUGACGAUGACGACGACGACGACGACGGCGACGACGACCAACUUCUCGGCGAACCGCGAGCUCUGGCAGCGUCGCGCCACCUCGCAGACCCAGCUAAACCCGGCUGUACCGCCGACGCCAAAGUCCUUUCGUACGUCUCAGGAGUUUCGCGAGAUGCGACAGAAGCAUACGCCUGACCUGGUGAUGGACCUGCCGCUCUCCGCUCAGGACGCCAGCAAAAAGUCCGCCUCGUCCAGCAGCCUUAGCAGCUCGGACGACGAGACGCCGACGUCGUUGCCGAUGGCGCCAGCGCGCGCUGAGGCCGCCACCUCGCCCACCGGCGGCCCGGAGUCGCCGGACAUGAGUACCGCCGCCGAACGCUUCGCCAAGCAGAACCAGUGCACGCUGAAGAAGAACACGAAGACCAACUCGGACUCUGCGGGCAAGUUGAAGCGGGUGGAGACCGCGGAUCAUGAGAUCGGCGCGAUCGACGCGAUCGAGAACGACGAGAUCGUGCGGUCGGCCAGUUCGAAUCAGCUCGCUGACGGGGGAGGCGGCGGAGUGCCGCUCAAGUCACCCCUACCGCCGCGAUCCACCCCCAAGAUAGUCGCCAAGUUCGCCGACAUGCAUCUGACCGGCGGCAGCCAGGUGGUGUCGACGUUCAAGCCGCAGGUCAAGGUCAAGCCGACGAUCCUGCGCAAACCGGUGCUGCCGUUCCCGCACCCGCACAUGAGCCCUGAGCUCGCGCGCAAGAUCGAGAAGCAGGCGCAGAGCGCGGAACAGGCCAAUUAACUGAUUGCCAUAAGUAAUCAUCAUCGGAGCCGGACAAGAGCGCGUGCCCGCAUGCCUGGAUUUUCCUGCCUGUUGCUCUUGACGAAUAUAUCGUAAGUCGCGAGACGCGGCGAACGCGUUUUGAUGGUUCCUUUACGCGCGAACGAGUGUUAGUAUGAGUUUUUUUUAAAAGAAGAGAAAAAAGGAAGAAUGAAGAAGAGGAAGGAGAAGAGGCAAGAAAAGAAGAGAGGAAGAGCAAGAGCUGCUCCCCAGCCCUCCCCGCCCGAUCAACACACCACCCUUGAACGCGAGUUCGUAUCUCGCGUCAGAGCGGAAGUGAGUGAGUGAGAGACGAGGGUCGGGGUCCCGCGAGUCCCGCGACUUUACCGUAAGUUUACUAUAGGGUACGUUACUAUGUAUACCGCGUGCCGUCUUAAUUAUAGGUACUAACUAUCCAAAACAGCGAUGUUCGAUAUAUCCGAGAUAUAGAGCGAAAGGGGGAAGAGGAGAAUAGCUAGGUGACUACGACGACGAUGACGACAAUGCUAGUAUUUAUCGAUUGACAUGGCGUUGUAGGCCGUUACUCAAUCCCGGGAUCGAAUUUCAAGCUGAGAGAAGAGGAAGGAGAAAAACGAGGAAGGGAAAAGGAGGAAAAAACGGAGGAAAAGAAAACAGAUGAAGAGAGAAGAAGAGACAACCCUCUAUGUAACAGCUCGACAUAUUCACGCAUCGCCUCUCCCUGUAAUCGAUCGAUCGAAAAGAAAAAAAAAAUAGAAAAAAAAGCGAGAAAAUGAGGAAACUUGUAUGCACUCGUUUGCGAGAUGUUUGGAACAUAUUUCGAUGAAGUUCGGAGCGUAUCAAAUUGUCACAAUUGCGCGCCGCUGUUUGCACGAGCUUGCACGGUGAUGUCUCAGGAUGAGAGCCGAAGUGACGGCGUACAUGUUGACUUUUUAUUACGUUCUUAUUUGACAUAUAUAAGAAUACAAUAAAAUAUACUCACAUACACACUCACUCCUUUCUCGAAUCCUCCUCUGCAGUUGCUUUGUCGCACACGCGUGCCCCCCCCCCUAGUAUAUUGUCACUUCGGCUGCUGUUAUAACGGAUUAUCCCGUGUAGCAGCUUCGUGAGCAGCGGAUUCGCCCUCAUUCAUGAGCGUUUCGCAAACGAAUGCGCACAGACCGGCAUAAUAGUCUUAACAUUCGCUACAAUUAGGUUGGUGGUAUCUUCUGAAUGUACACACACAUUUGUUUCCGAGCAUGAACGCGAAGCUUUCGCUGUGUGUGACAGAUACGCCGACACUUGACACAUCGUUCCCGCUUCCUUGAGCUAAUCGAUAAACAAGUAAGCAAUAUCGCGCACGUUUGGGAAGUCCGAUUGACUCAAUUCGCGUGAUGCGUCGGGACCACUAUGUCGGUCUGUGUACUCGUGAUUUAACGAUAGCGUAUCGUAUACACGUACAUUAAUUAACACACGAAAUGUAUACCGACGCGCAAAUGUUACGACGGCAUUAGCGUAUGCGUGCGUUCCUGCGAGCGAGUUUUCGCGAGGAUUUUCACACUCGACACUGGAUCAAUCACGGCGGAUCAGUGAUUCGAUGAUUCGAGCGUGUCUCCGAGAUGAAACGCGAUAAAUUCCGCGAUGCCCUCUCACUUUAUGUGUGUAUCAACUAAAUGUUAGCACGUGCUCGGCGAUGUUCCUCGCGUCGUCCGUAUUACCGCGCGAUCACCGGUGCUCUCAUCUCAAUCGCGAUCACGGCGUCCCUGCGUAGGAGGAUUUCGCGAGAGCCUCGUUCCCGAUUGGUAUCUCCAGAUAAUUUCGUGAAAACGGGAUUUCUUUCUCUGUCUCCUUCUGUUAAUUCUACCGCUACUUCCUACGACGUUCGAUCGAAUAAUUCCAAGUAAAUCUCAAUAUUCUUUUGCGGUUGAAUCUGGAAUUGAUUCUUCGAAGGAAUGUAGAGUUCGCUUCAACCUCGAGACACGCUGAUGAUACUUUUUAUUCGGUCGUAUUUCAAAGAUACGCACUUUGCGCACGAAUAUCUUUCCAUUUCAAAUGGUUUGCUGUUUGCGGUGACGCUUCGAUCGCGAGGAAAAAUCAAUUCCAUAUCGGCGUAUGAACGUGUCGUUAAAAUUAACAAUCAGCGGCCGGCGGGAUACUCGAAAUUAUAUGUACGAAAAGAGAAAGAAAGAGCAUCAACAAUCGGAUAUGGAGAGUAGUUCCGAUUUGAAAAAUUCGAGUGCGAUAAUACUGGCUGAUGUUGGGCUCGCCGAACAUUGCAGGCGCUAUACCCCACCGCACUAAGAAAUACCAAAGCCAAGAAUACGCGCCCCCGCCCUCCGCCCUGCUCCCUCCAUUGAUUGUAAAAUAAUUUUCGAGAUCUUUAUGGAGUUUCGAGACUGUUUUUUAGAUGCUGUCCCCUUCGUUCUUUUCCCCGCCCACAUCUUUUCGUUUUAAAUCGUACCCGCGGACUGCGUUUAUAUAGUAAUCAACUCCCGUUUCCUUUUCUUUAUCGUUUCUUUUUCUUUUUUUUACACGGCGCCGAACGCGUCGGACGAUAAUAACGAUUUUUAAACGAUCUGUAACGUAAUUUAACGCGUAAUAAUUUUAGCGUAGCCACGUCUUAUCAGUGGAUCCGAGAGGAGCGUAAUAGCUUAAUCGAUAAUCUCUCCCGUUAAGGCUAAUGACAUUAUGGAUAUCGUAAUAAACGAACUUACAGGCUGUA